GACACUAAACCCAAUGUGAAGUUUACAUGCGACGGUGAAACUGCUACACUCACCUGUGACAUUCAGAUGAAAGACAAAAGAGAAUUAACCUGGGUUCAAGACAUGAAGGGUGAAAAUAAAGUAAAUCUAACCCUCACAUCAAAACAAACAGAAGAAAACGCAGAGUAUUCAUGUCGUGUACAAAAUCCUGUUAGCACUGAACAAAGUAAUGUUAAAACAGUAUCACUUCCUGGGCAGAUAUGUGAGACGGAUCUGCUGGAAGGGAAUUCCUGCAUCAUUAAACUGGAAAAGAAAAGUGGUGAAAGGAUUAGUAAGAUAGAAUGGACCUUUACCAGCUCCAUUGAUACUAAAACAUAUAAAGCUCAGCGUAAUAGAGAAGGAAAGACUAUAAACAACAUUCCUGAUGCAACUAUUGAAUCUGGCGGAUCAUUAAAACUUCAAAAUGUUAAAUUGGACAACACUGGCAAAUAUAGAUAUGAAAUAUAUGAUGACCAAGGUCAAAUAUAUGCACUUGUUGAAAGGGAGAUUAUAGUUUACGCAAAGGCCACUAAACCCAACGUGAAGCUUACAUGCGACGGUGACACGGCUACACUCACCUGUGACAUUCAGAUGAAAGACAAAAGAGAUUUAACUAUAACCUGGAUUCAAGGAAAACAAGACAUGAAGGGUGAAAAUAAACAAAAUCUAACCCUCACAUCAAAACAAAUAGAAGAAAACUCAGAGUAUUCAUGUCGUGUACAAAAUCCUGUUAGCAAUGAACAAAGUGAUGUUAAAACAGUAUCAUGUUGAGCUCAUUUUAAUUCAGCCUAGACUCUCUUUGGCACUGACUUCUGGUUAAUGGUGGGCAUUCUGGCGGGUGAAGGAGCCCUACUCAUUCUUUAUUAAAACACCAGAUCAUUUAAAUAAAGUUAUAUAAAUUGUUCAAUGUGAGAAUGAUUCAUAUCAUGAUUAACUGCUACUCUAAAACAGACCCAACAAUCGGCAUCAAGAACAACAAACAAUCAUGAACAAGUGAUCUAAUGAUCUGUAAGAAACGUGGGCAGGCUGAGCGCAGAUCCACAUGCAGUUAUAUUUCCAAAUUAAACAUAAUAAACAAACAAACACAAUCAAACACUGACAAACUAAGAUGAGCACACAAUGAGAACCAAUGAAAAAGCAGAACAAAAAAAUCACUAUGGAAACAAAUGAAGAGAUGGGUGUGGUUACAAUGAAUUCCCAUCACAACAGUGAACAGAACAGCAGGGAAACGAUAGGAAACAUGGCAGCAGCAGAACACAGAACUAAACUUCAAAAUAAGAGCACAGGACCAAUCAAAGGAACCACAGACAGAAUCAUCAUGAUAAGAACACAAAAGUGUUAGAAGAAAUAACUUCAUGUGACUUGCACACGGUUGUUUUUAGUGUACUGAUGUGAAUAAACAUCUGAUUUAAUGAU